GAUAGGGUAUUGCUCUCUGUGCAGCACGAUGGCCUCAAAAAUAAUGCGACUUUCGCAACCCCCGCUGACGGUCAAUCAGGGAAAUGCCAGCUCUGUUCACCAUCCAAAUAUCAGCCCAAGCGCGAUGCAGCGUUUGCCAACGGCAUCAUCAUCCAUGAGUUUACGCAUGGAUUAACCAAUCGUCUGACUGGCGGUGGGACUGCUAGUUGCUUGCAGUCUUUAGAGGCUAAGGGAUUAGGCGAAGGCUGGUCUGAUGCCGUGGCCGAGUACAUUCCCAUCCUCUGGGCGUUCCAGACCUCCGCCCCUAUACAAGCCUUCUCUGCUGGUGUGUGGGUGACGGGGAACACAGGCCGGUGGUAUCCGAAUUCCACGACGUACUCAAGUCUUAAAACGCUAACUGAAGUCCACAAAAUCGGAGCCGUGUGGGCUAACAUCCUACACCAUGUCAACGCAGCCCUGGUUGACAAGUAUGGAUUUUCCGCCACGGCAAUGACCAACCCAGAUGGUAGUGAGGGUAACAUCACAUUCUUUCAUCUCCUCAUCGACGCGUUGGCGCUACAGCCUGUCAAUCCCACUUUCGCAUUCGCGCGCCAAGCAUGGAUCCAAGCGGAUGCGAAUCGAUAUAAUGGUGCAAAUGAAGAAAUUUUAUGGAGCACGUUCGCGAAUCUCGGUCUCGGAGUCGGCGCGGCGGAUUAUAAUGACAGCAAA